AUGCAAAAAUUUGCGAGGUCAAGCGUCAACAACAAUUUAGCCUCACAACUUGGCAGACUUGUAUUCGGACGUUCUUUCAUAUUUGCCUGUCUUGUUUUUCUAACAGUCUUUUUAGUUUAUUUAUUUGUUUCUCAUCUCUCUAAUUCCUCUCUAUCGAAACAACAACAACAACAAGAUUCAUCACUUCUAGUGAAUGAUGUCCAUUUUACACUCACCAAAGAUGGAAAGAAGAAAUCUCUUGUUCCGAAUGACGAUGAAGAUAAAACACCAGUAGAUCCUCGACUUCCAAAGAGACAACAAGUCGAUUUUCAAAAACAUGAAAUGAUUGAAAGAAUGGAUGAUUUGGAAUAUGAUGCCAGAGUUUCUAAACAUGAAUUUUUGAAGAGUGACAAAAUUGAUAUCGAGUACUUUGCAAAGGGUAUCAUUUUGUCGAACAAAUUGGAACCUUUUUAUGUCAACGAAGAAUUAGAACAACAAGUUUCAAUUCGUAGUAAUCCAAAUCGAUUGAAAGAGUACUUUUUCACACCCGAGUUGCGACAAAAGAUUAAGAGUAGCUCCUUGACAGAUAGAAGAAAGAAGGAAAUUUAUAAAAUUGGAGAGUUGAAUGGAGACAGAUAUCGUGUCACGAGUGAUGUUCCUGGUUUUAAGGUCCAUGUGAAAUUCAACCAACUCGCUUAUCGAGAUGAUUUUGUUCAUUAUCCCUUUGUAAAGCCAAGAACAAAAAAGGCAUACUGUGAGGAUGAUAACUUGUGCCAAACUGAACACGGAAAUAACAUGUGCUCCAUUUGCGACAUUGGAAAAGACAAGAUUCAAAGCAAAUUCUUUUACAAGAGUUGGUGCUACAAACCAAAUAUUGAUUUUGCAAUUGUCUCAAUUGAAGAUGGUAUUUUAGACUAUGGUACGGACCAUCCCGAAGUGAGACACUCAAUUUUUGACAAGAGUGGAAAUUUAUAUUCCAUGCCUGUUUGGCAUCCAAUCAAACUUCAAGAAGAACACAAAUGGAGUGUUGCUUACAAUCCUCAAAUUGCUGUGGUAGGAAAUGUUUGGUUCCCAAGUGCUGUGGGACACUUUCCAAUUGAAAUUUUACCAAGAAUUAUUCUUCUCUCGACCUAUCUUCCAUAUAAUAUUCCAAUUCUUGUCUACGGUGGAGAAUAUGUGGAAAAAACAAUCAAACUUUUAACCGAUGCUGGAGUUUUUCCAAAAGAGAGAGUUUUCAUUUAUGCGGAACCAAACAUUUAUUACACAGCCAAAAGAUUAUACUUUUUGCAUUCCAACGAAGAUGUCUAUACUCCACUCACGACCGAUAUUGCAUUGAGAGUUGCCUCAAGUGCUCUUCAACAACCUCUUAAGAGAAAUUUAAUUUCAAAUCCAAUUCGAAAGGACACAAAGAGAGAUUAUAUUCUAGUUGUGGAUCGAUCGGAUUCCAAUAUGAGAAGAAUUAAUAACAAUGAUCAAAUGGUGAAACAAAUCUCUGAAUUGGUCAAGGACUCGAUGGAUGUCGUUUCUGUGAAAUUAUCCAAAUUAAGUUCCUUCUUGGAAAUUGGAAAAGUUUUCUACGAUGCCAAAGCAAUUAUUGCACCACAUGGUGCAGGACUUGCAAAUUUGAGUUUCGCAAAAAGAUCUACCAAAUUUGUCAUUGAAAUUGGAUGGCCAGGAAGACCAAAAGAUUUCCAUUGGCCUGGAGAUUAUUAUUGUCAAUCGAGAGGUUCAGGACUCAAGUAUUAUGCAGUCACUGCUGUAGAAGGACAUUACAGUUCCUCUUCUGGAAUGAAAGUGGAUGUGGAUGAAAUUGUGAGCAUUGUAAAGGAUGAGUUUAAACUGUAA